CUUGUUAAAUCGUGAGCAGCGUCUCCAAUUUUUUAAAGAAGUAAAUUUUCGUAUUGUCAAAGACUGUAAUGUAAACCAAAGCGUGUAUACCUAAAUUCACUUUCGUUACUCUACCCGGUAUACCGCUCUCAUAUCCCUUCUCUACGCUUACGAUGCUCCAGAUGUGCAACCAUGCACUUGAUAUAAGGGCACUAUAUCCUAAGACCGAGUGCAGAGUACCAUAAUGGAGUUUGGAGUUAAGAAGUUCCAUCUCUCUAACUCCGCCGUCUCUGCUUGAGAUAGGUUACAUGGGUUAAGCAAGUCAUAAGAGAGAAGCCUAUAUUGAAGUUGAACAUAUAAAGCUUACGGUUGUCCUCCCUAAUACCUGGAGUGAAUCGAAAAGUCCAACAAAAAAAAAACAAGCAUCCUCUCGAUUUUUCCCGAAGCUGCUUAUUUGUAACGAAGAUGGUGAACUUGGCUGAGCACGCUCUGCCGGAGACUUACACCGGCCUACAAUUUCACUCAUCAUCGUCCCCUCCCGUCCUUGCAACAUUGCCGACGCCAAUUCCUACAGCGGGCACGGUAAUUAUCAAGCCACUAUACUCUAUCAUUGUACAGUAUGCCAACGAAAUAUUUACGAAUGGAAACCCGAGAGGUUAUAAAUAUCCCUUACCGCUGGUACCAGGAGGCUCUUGCAUUGCCCGCGUCGCCGCUGUCCCGUCCGACGCUACAAGUCUAAGACCCGGUCAGCUGGUAUUUGUGGAAUUAACGGUCCGCGGACGGGACGACCCCAAUAUCAAGAUUCUGAGAUCAUUUCACGAGGGUUACAACGAGGGAACGAGAAAGCUGAUGGCAUCGGAGGAGUGGCGCAAUGGGUGCUGGGCCACGCUAUUCGCUGCACCUCUGGAAAGCGUCCACGCUCUAGAUGAAGAUGUCUUAGUUGGGAAACUGGGAUAUAAACUUGAAGAGCUUGGUUCGCUUAGCCAGCUAGUGGUACCGUACGGUGGCCUUGCGGAUGUUGGCUUAAAACCGGGUGAGACGGUCUUGAUCGCCCCAGCUACGGGAUCUUUCAGCAGCGCUGCGGUACAUGUAGCUCUUUCUAUGGGAGCCAGGGUCAUCGCCAUGGGAAGAAAUGAAGAGGCUCUUAUGAAUCUGAAGAAGCUUGCUGACCCUGGGAGAGUGGAAACUGUCAAAAUUAGCGGUGAUGUUGAACAAGACGUCGAGGCACUAGCUAAAUUCGGGCCAUCAGACGUAUACUUUGAUAUUUCUCCACGGCCGGCUAGCAAAAGCUCUCAUAUCAGAGCUGGUAUAUUAUCUUUGAGGCCUGGAGGUCGAAUGAGUCUGAUGGGAGGAAUCCCCAGUGAUAUCGAGAUUCCUUAUUGGCAUGUCUCAUAUAACGGCAUCACCAUUAAAGGUACAUUUAUGAACACACCUCAGCAGGCGAAGGAUCUGAUAAAAACUGUAGAAAGAGGCGUGUUAAAGAUUGGUACCAGAGCGGGUAUGGAGGCAGCUGGAAAAUUUAGACUUGAAGAUUGGGAAGAAGCACUUCGUACUGCUGCUGCAAAAGGGGGUCCGGGAAAGAGUGUAUAUUUCAUUCCGAAUGGAGAGUAGUAUCUUGGCGAUCUAGAUAAUAAUUGAGAAGGGUAUAUCUCAUAAGUCUUAUAAGAUUUAUAUAAAGCCCGUCGUUACAUAAUGAUAAGAGUAAGUAUUGAGAAUCGAGUUCCAUGCCUGGUUGUAUGUUAUUCUAGCAGGUCUAGACGGAGGUAGACUAGGAGACUUAGACAGUAGAUGCACAAUAAUCUUAUCUUAAAUCUGAACGAUAAACUUUAUUAGAAAGUUUAUUUUUCGUCGAAUCUAUUCCUCAACAGCAACGCUCU